AUGAGAAUAACGGGGGCGACUGCUUUUCCGAUUUUGCUGCUGGAAAUGGUUCCUUCGUCGCUAAUAAAUACCCCAACAAACACCGCGUCGCUAAUAUCCUCACCUGCUCUUUCCGACGGCAAAUUUGUAUGUAACCAAAACCAAUCAUGGCCAACCAAAGCUUGUAACAACCAAGGGAAAAAGUACCAUACGCCGGCUUUUUACCAGAGCAGCAGCCAGCCUUGUGGGGACAGAGAACUGAGGUCCAAAUUCUGUCAGGCAGCAGCUUCAUCAGCCCUGGAGCUUGCGCCCAUCAACUCUUUUUCCUUUAGCGCUUCCGCGACAUUCUUCGACGAGGAACACGACAACGUCGACACAGUUGACAGUGACAAAAAUAUAUACCUGUUCGGCUCAAUCGGCACUCAUAAUAUCGUAAUGGCAUCUCUGCCCAAAGGCCGCAUAGGUACUAAUCCCGCGGCGAGCGCAAUCGGCGACAUGGCCCGUAGCUUCCCGAACCUGCGUUUCGUUGUAAUGGUCGGGAUUGCCGGUGGAGCUCCAACCGCACACAAUAACAUCCGGCUUGGCGACGUUAUUGUAGGCGUUCCCGGAAAUAGGCAAGGCGGUGUUCGACACUGCGACUUUGGGGUCUCCAAACAGAACGCCGACUUUAAGGAGUACGGCCACUUGAAUGGACCGCCAACAAAAAUCCUUGGUGCAAUCGCCCGCCUCCAGACCAAGCAUACCAGGCGCGGUCACGAUUUCGAGAAACGCAUCGCCGCGAACCUAAACGAGAACUUUCGCAUGAAAAGCAAGUAUUCCCGCCCGAAGGCCGAUGUGCUUUACGAGCCGGACUGCGAACAUCCAACAGGCAAAAACAUCAGUUUGUGCAGCAUUACUUGUCCUCCGCAAUCGAUUUUGGAAAGGACUGAGCGCAACGAAGAUGAUCUUAUUCAAGUUCACUACGGAGUUAUCGCUUCGGGAAACCGAAAAAUCGAGGACGCUCUCUAUCGAAACAAAUACGCGGAGGAAGCAAAUAUACAAUGCUUUAAAAUAAAGGCAACCGGCAUUUUAAACCGUUUCCCAUAUUUGAUAAUCCGAGGCAUUUGCGACUAUGCCGACACUCAUAUCAAUAAAAACUGGCAAAGGUUUGCCGCUAUGGCUGCUGCAACGUAUACAUACGAUUUUUUGAGCAGUAUUCCACCCAAGGCUAUAAAGGCGGAAAAGCAGCUAGUCGAGGUGAUUAAUAAACUACCCAAAAUCGAAAAAAUUAACCGCGAUAUCGCCUUCACGAAAUUGCCAACCGCAAAAGGCGCUACGUUCGAUGACCACGCGAACGAACACGACCCCGCCUGCCACCCAGACACCCGCGUGGACCUUCUCGACGACAUUAACAAACGGAUCCAAAACCCCGACGGGAAACACAUCUUCUGGUUGCGCGGCAUGGCCGGAACUGGCAAAUCGACCAUCUCUCGGACGGUAGCCAAAAAGGUAUCCGAAACCAAAAUGCCCAUAGCCAGCUUUUUUUUCAAAAAGGGCGAAGGCGACCGCGGUAAAGCCGCCAGGUUUUUUACCACCAUAGUCGACCAACUUCUGCCGGACUUGGCAUCCCAUAUCCACAGCGCAGUCGAAAGCAAUCCAAACAUCGCCGACAAAACUAUGAAAAAACAGUUCGAAAAGCUCUUCUUAAAGCCGUUGAACAAAUGUAACGGCGCCAAUUCCCAGCCGCUCUUUGUGGUGGUGGAUGCCCUUAACGAACGUAAUCGAAAAAAAAAUGUAACUACUCUUAUUCGUCUUUUUCCCAAAGCUGAAAAAACUAAGUCUUACCAUCUCCGGUUCUUCGUUACCAGCAGACCCAAGAUGCCUAUCCGCCUUGGUUUUAAAAAUAUUGCCGACAAAUAUAAAAACUUGGCUCUCCACGAAAUUCCUAAGUCCGAUAUAAUAAAGGACAUUUUUACAUUUCUACGUUUUAAAUUGGACCGCAUUCGGCUAAAUUUUAACAAAACUGUACCGGGAUCAGGGUUACCGCCCGAUUGGCCCCCACUCGCGAGUUUUAAAGAUUUUGUCGAUAUGGCUGUACCGUUGUUCAUUUUCGCAUCGACGGCUUGCCGUUUCAUUGCUAAUAGCGAAUUUGGCAAUCCUUGGGAGCAGUUAAAUAAAAUUAUUGAAUAUAAAGGAAAAGGCCAGCGGUCUCGGCUUUACGCGACAUAUCUCCUAAUCCUAAACCAGCUUUUUCUAAAACGUACGAAUUUAGGGUUGGUAAAACGCACGAAAAAAAAACAAGCCGAAAUAAUUGAAUGGUUCCGCGAUAUUGUCGGAACCAUCGUACUUUUUGCCAACCCUCUCCCUUCCGCAUUAUUGGCAUACGUUCUCGACCGAACAAAGCUCGACGUCAACUCGAAACUACGCAGGCUGCACUUUAUUUUCAACAUUUCGGAUAAUCCCCUCGCCCCCGUCAAAUUGCUCCACCUGUUUUUUCGCGAUUUCCUCGUCGACAACGAGAAUCGCGAUGGGAACCUCUUUUGGAUCGACGCUCAAAAAACCCACAAACAGCUGGCGGGGCGCUGCUUUAAACUAUUGUCAAUUGGCGAUAACCUUAAAAAAGACGUCUGCAAUCUACGUAGGCCUGGAAUAUCCAGAUCCGAAAUCAGUGAACAAAUUAUUAAUACCGCCCUGCCACCGGACGUUAAAUAUGCCUGUCGUUAUUGGGUAUAUUAUUGGAACGGGAGUAAAUUGGGGAUUCGAAACGACGAUAUUGUCCACCGGUUUUUGUCGAAACAUUUGCUUUACUGGCUCGAAAUAUUGGGCAUUAUAGGGCGGAUCCGGGAGAGUAUUAAUAUGCGAGUUUCCGGCUUGGCUGCUACAGGGGCCACGGGUGGAUUAAAAGUGGAUACGUGUCUACAAACGCUCGAAGGGCAUAGCAAAUCGGUUAAUUUAAUAACAUUUUCGGCCGACGGCCACGAAUUGGCGUCGGCCUCCCACGACGGCACCGUCAAGCUUUGGGAUCCGGCAACAGGCGCCUGCACUGCAACGCUCAAGGGUUAUACUAAAACUUUAUCAUUUAAUGCUACAGCUUUAUACCUCCAAACGGAUUUUGGUGCUAUAUUACUUACUAAACAUCCGGGUCCUACUUGCCAUAAAGUUAAAGGUAUUGGCUGCAGUGACAGCUGGAUCACUUCCAAUGGACAAAACUUCCUGUACCUACCUCCCAAAUACCGACCGAGCCAUUUAACAACGGCAGGAUCAGUGGUAGCUUUGGGCUCCGGCUCAGGGCGAAUAAUCUUCUGUCGAAUCUGUCGAAUGACACUAAACGGGUUUUUCCUAAAAUAA